GAGGUCUUGUGCCGGCCUCACCAGUGCCUUCCGAGUAGCCGUAGUGCUUGCUCGGCGGGUUGGUGAGCAAUGGAGGUGGUGGGUGGCUGUGGUGAUCAUGGUGGUGGUGAUCGCCGAGGCUCCUCCGCGGACCCACAGAGCACCUUUGUGUUGGGUAACCUAGCGGAGGUGGUGGAGCGUGUCCUCACCUUCCUGCCCGCCAAGGCGUUGCUGCGGGUAGCAGGCGUGUGCCGCUUAUGGAGGGAGUGUGUUCGUCGAGUGUUGCGGACGCAUCGGAGUGUGACUUGGAUCUCCGCGGGAUUGGCGGAUGCUGGCCACCUGGAGGAGCAUUGCCUGGUCCGCGUGGUAGCAGAGGAGCUUGAGCAGAAUGUUCACAUCUUACCACAGACAGUUCUUUACAUGGCUGACUCUGAAACUUUCAUUAGUCUGGAAGAGUGUCGUGGCCACAAGAGAGCAAGGAAAAGAACUACUAUGGAAGCAGCUUUUGCCCUUGAGAAGCUAUUCCCAAAACAAUGCCAGGUCCUUGGGAUUGUGACCCCAGGAAUUGUAGUGACUCCAAUGGGAUCAGGUAACAAUCGACCUCAGGAAAUAGAAAUUGGAGAGUCUGGUUUUGCUCUAUUAUUCCCUCAAAUUGAAGGAAUAAAAAUACAACCCUUUCAUUUUAUUAAGGACCCAAAGAAUUUAACACUAGAAAGACAUCAACUCACCGCAGUAGGCCUUUUAGAUAACCCUGAGCUUCGUGUGGUCCUGGUAUUUGGCUAUAAUUGCUGUAAAGCAGGAGCCAGUAAUUAUCUGCAGCGAGUCAUCAGCCAUUUCAGUGAUAUGAACGUCAUCUUGGCUGGAGGCCAGGUAGACAACCUGGCAUCACUGACCUCUGACAAACACCCUCUGGAUAUUGAUGCCACUGGUGUAGUUGGACUGUCAUUUAGUGGACACCGAAUCCAGAGUGCCACUGUGCUACUCAACGAAGAUGUCAAUGACGAGAAGACCGUUGAGGCUGCAAUGCAGCGCCUUAAAGCUGCCAACAUUCCAGAACGGAAUACCAUUGGCUUCAUGUUUGCAUGUGUUGGCAGGGGCUUUCAGUAUUAUAGAGCCAAGGGGAAUGUUGAAGCUGAUGCAUUCAGAAAGUUUUUUCCUAGUGUUCCUUUAUUUGGCUUCUUUGGAAAUGGAGAAAUUGGAUGCGAUCGCAUAGUCACUGGGAACUUUAUAUUAAAGAAAUGUAAUGAGGUAAAGGAUGAUGAUCUGUUUCACAGCUAUACAACAAUAAUGGCACUGAUUCAUCUUGGGUCAUCUAAAUAAAGCCUCCUGUAAAGUGGCUUUCACAAUAUAUAAUUUUUGGGCUCUGUCUUUCCUAGAAAAUGGAAACUGGGAUGUGUGUAUUUCAAAAAAAUAAUAACUACAUGUAUCAGUUUUGUAGCUCUGACUAAAGAUUAUAUUAGGGGUAGUUUUUAAUAAGUUAGAUGAAGGACAACUUCGUAUAUAACAAAACACAAACAGAAUUGAGAACUUUUCCAUAAUGAGGCACAACCCUGAUUAUGGCUGUAUUGUACCAGGUUGUGUAGCUGCUGUGUAAUGUGACUUUUUAUAAAUAGUCUUCUGCAUAGGAAGAUUGAAAGGAUUUAUCAAUAGGAUGGAGAUUUAAGACAUUCCAUGACUACCUCUGCAUUGUUAGAUCUUUUAGCAAAAUCAUGAAGACAUUUUUUUCUCCCUUAAUGGAGGAAAAAAUACAUGGAUAGCUUGAGAAAUCUUUCUCUGCUUUACAGUUUUGCAAAUUUUUUCAGAAGCUAUAACAAAAUUAUUACUGACUUUUUACUUAUUUGAUAAAAAUUAUUUUUGUUCUAGUACCCAAAAUUUUCUUAGUCAAAUAAGUUGCCAAGACUAAUCGGUAUUUUACUACUUCAUAAGGAAAAAAUAAUUUUCCUUUUCCCUCAAUGAAGAAAUUGUAAGAGAAAAUCCUUUUCUUCACCUAGUUCUGUAUAGCUAACCGGCAGACCAGACCAUUACAUCACCUUAUUUUGGUUUUAUACCAAUAAAACAUAACCUUGGAAACU